UCUGCACUCGCCAUGCCAUGGAUACUUUAUGGCAAUACCAGUUCAGGAUCAUUCUACUGGGUGACUCGACGGUUGGCAAAUCAUCUUUACUGAAGAGGUUCACGGAUGGCAUAUACAGCGAUGUCGCGGACCCGACGGUCGGUGUGGAUUUCUACGCCCGUUCACUAGACAUCGAACCGGGGGUGAAAAUCAAACUACAGCUGUGGGAUACAGCCGGACAAGAGCGAUUCAGGUCCAUCACCACCUCAUACUAUCGCAACUCUGUGGGCGGCCUCCUAGUCUUUGACUUGACCAAUAGGAAGGCCUUCGAUCACGUGCGGGAAUGGCACCGAGAAGUCAGCGAGCACAUCCUGCCUCAUCACAUGAUCUACAUUCUGAUUGGCCACAAAAGCGACCUGACCUGUGACCGCAAGGUGUCACGAGAUGAGGCGGAGGAGCUGGCGGCAGAACUCGGCAUCCGUUAUGUGGAAACUUCGGCCAAGUGCAACAGCAACGUGGAGCGUGCUUUCGAGCUGCUCACAAGGGACAUCUAUGAGCUGAUGAAGAUGGGGGAGAUCUCCACCCGUGACGGCUGGGAUGGGGUCAAAAGUGGCCUCACCGCUAAAGUUCUUUACCCGGCUGAUGAGGAAGCCGAGCGAGCGAAGAGCUGCAGCUGUUGACUCUCACAACACACCUGUAAACUCUCACAUGUGUAUCUGUCGAUUGUUGCUCACCCUGGCUUUCUCUAAGGGUGCCUACACACUAGAGUUGUGUCAGAGAAUGUUGGGGACGGUGCGUUGCAAGGAUGAAUAGGAAAAAUGCGGAAGUGUUUGCAGAAGUGAUGUGCCCAUUGGCCAAUUGACUUUCAGACAGAUGGGUCCAGUUGUGCUUCGUAUUCCUAAUUGAUUGCAAUCUGACCUGGCUCUUUCUAUUCUUUGAAAUGGUGCUUAUGCAUUCCUAUUUGUCAAAUGCUCCAUCAGAGCUUGUCUCUAGUGUGUAGGCGCCCAAAUGCAUCACAUCAUGGUCACUGACUCAGGACCUUGUUCUGGUCUCUGCUCACCUACUGCACUUACCUUGUUGUUGCUGCCUGAGGUUAUGGUACAGUUCUCUCAAUGCAAUCGCUCAGUUCAUCGCUCGCUCAAAGAUGCUCCUUCCAGUGUGAUGAGUGAAAAUGUAUCAGUGUAGUACUGUAUGUUUGGACUGGAAUGGAGAGACCCUGCUUCAUCUUAUGUUUUGAAGUCACCAGUGGUUAAAAGAGCUUGCAGCAGUCUCGUGGACAAUAACAUGUAUUUUUUUAAUUCUCAGUGGGUUUUCAUUUCACAGUCUAAUUCAGAGGGAAUUUAUUCUUUGAAAUAUUUUUGAAAUUACAUUUUGAAAUUACAAAUUACAUUCUCUCGCAAUAUCUUAACACAUACCUAACGAAAACUAACCAUGGUUUUACUACAGUAACCAUAUUUGAACCAUGAUGUUCAUGGUAAAACCAUAUUAAUAAUAAAAAAAAACAAAACUCAAUCAUUAUGCCCCAAAAACAUGGUUAGUUUUUAUAUAGUUACAGCAAUGGUUAAUUUGUGGCUUCUUAUUGCAAAUUUUUUUUUAACUAAUAAUAAAACAAAAAUGUGUAAACCAAUGUGUUACUAUAGUCAUACUGUAGUAACGAUUGUUAUUACCAUCGUUUUGGUAUUCCUGUUUUAUUACUAUGGUUUUACUACGAAUAUCAUGAUUAAAAUAUGGUUUCUGUAGUAAAACCAUGGUUCGUUUUUGUAAGGGAUGGAUAAAGAUAUGGUGAGGAAAUUCAAAAUAAUUGCGAAGGAACGCAAAACUUUUUGUGAGGGAAUGCAAAUCUAUUUCAGAAUAUAAAUUCCCUCCCUGAGUUUGAGGUCUGUGUCUUUUUCCCACAUUCUCCCACACAGUGAUUUGAAGGCUUGUUCCUGUCCUCUAAAGCAUGAUUACUGUGGCAAAUUGACAUUCAGAGAGAAUCUCUUGAUGGAAUAUAGUGAGUAUGAUCUUAUCUAAAUUGUCCAUUCUCUUUUUUCGCUAAUUUACCCUCUAAAUUAGAUUAAAUUGAGACAAAGUUUGACAAAUCAAAUUUACGUUUGCGUUCAUGAGCUGGUUGGUAAUAGAUUAGUCAUUUCUGGAGAAAAAGUAAAGAUUAAACCUUCUCUCUGAUUGAUCAAUAGCUUUGCAAUUGAAAUUUAGCACAACAUUCUCUAAUUCACCCACACCCCUCAAGGAGAAAUAAGAAAAUGGCAGGAAAUUGAAUAAUCUCUGUCAGAACAUUGAGAUUGGCCCAAAGCAGACUUCAUACAUCAGCGCGUCCUGACCUCGUAUGCGUCUUAACAGUUAAUCUUACAGCUUUGUUAACACAUAGCAUUGUUAACUUUUACAACUUCUCAUUUUGCCAAUUGCCAGAGCUGAUCUGCAGGUAUUUCCCAAAGGGUCCUGUUCACACUUGACCUCAAAACUGAAAAAUGGCGCUAAUAUUCCAGAAAAGGUUUUGUGAAAGCGCCUAAUGUGAAUGCUGUUCCAAAAAGAAAUGAUGGUGACUUAUAAGAGAUAUCAUUUUGGCCAAAUUCUCAGGCUACAAUGCAUGAAUGCUUCAUGGAUAUAUUCACUCCCAGAAUACUUUUAAAAAUGUUUCUCUUAUUGAGCCUAAUACAAAUUUGAUUUGGCAAUUUUUGGUUCCAUGUCAGUUAGGAUGUUGCCUUAGGCCACAUCCACACUAAUUUUAGUGUGAAAAACAAUAUUUUUCUCCACCAAACAAGAGAUUUUUGGAAAUGCCCUUCAUAACCGGUCACAUUUACAUUUGCACACUGAAAUUCCUUGAUACAGUAAUUUCAACGGGAAUCCGUGUAAUCGUGAAUUUUGCGCAAUUUAAUUCCACUGGCUAAACGUUUUCCCCUCGCAUAUUUCGAGUGGAGUUCAAGUUUGGUGAACUCUGACUGACGAUUUCUCCGUGUUGACCAAUAGGAAGUUUCUUUGUUUGGCAGUGUCCUCCAUGUGGGUCAGUGCUUCGUACACAGCUACACUGAAAAUUCUCAAUGGACAUGGAUUUAAUUUUAGUGGUGAAUUUCAUUUUAACAUCACUCUUACUCUUAAAGUGCAGCAUUAAAAAGAGGCUGCUUGGCCAUAGUUUUUUGCUGGUUUCACACACACUCAACAUCCGUCCAUGCCUUCUUCACACGCAGUAUUUCGCAAGGUGGCUCAUUUGGUUUUGAAACAUAAAUAUAGCUCAAUACACACAAUGCUCCAUAUAUCUAUUAGCAAGUCUCCAUAGAUUUACUCAAUGGGUGACAUAAACCCAUAGACGUACAUUGAAAGAGGGACCCAAGUCAUGUUUAGACACCAGAAUCUCAUAUAGUAGCCUCUUUUGACUUGGGCUAGGAAGCAACCACAUAGUUAUGCCCUAGCAACCACUAUAGACCAUAAAGAUAUUUUAGCUGAGUGUCUGAGUCAUGUGCUGCUGGCUUUACUGGGUGUUUAUAUGCAUGUAUUUCUGUAUAGCUGAACAUAUUGUAAAUAGCAGCUGGUCACAAUGUACUUAAACAAGUCAGGUGAGGCUUUGGUGGUAGCUAUUGGUUUGUGUGGCUUAACCACAGGUCAGUAGCCUUUAAAAACACAGUUGUAAGGUCUGUUUUUUUUUAUACAUAACUAAAGGAAUAGAAAAUUGUGAAAGCAUGAAAGAGAGGAAUGUUUUCUUUUUUCUGGAACAUCAAAAUUCUGCCAAAUAAAUCUUUUUUCAAUCAUUCAGAUUUUAUGUACAAACUGCCAAAAACUUUAGUUUUAGACGGAUAUUUUAGAUAAUCUGAUGAUCCUAUCAGCUACCAAUAACAGUGCAUUAUGGUAUAGUAUUUAAAACCAUUUUUCAGAAUUCUCUAAGAACUCCUUAGAGGACAGGGAUGGAAUUUAUUUUCUGGAAUAGAUUUGUGUCCCCUCACAAUAAUUUGCAUUCCCUUGAAAUUCUUGUGGGUUCCCUCACAAUACCUUUAUCCAUACCUUGUGAAAAAAAUACUAUUGUUUUACUACAGUAUUUUUCUUGAACUCAUGUAUUAGUAGUUCAACCAUAGUAACCACAAAUUGUACCAUGGGUUUACUACAGUAACCAUAUUUCAACCAAAAUAUUCCACUGUAAAAACUGAUUUCGAGGUUUAGUUGUAUCAAUUAGCUUUUUGAGUUGACACAUCUAAAAUAGCAUGCCAGCUUAAGUUUUGAUUCUAUCAACUUUUUAACAAUCAUAUUUACCAUUUCAACUCACUUAACAAAGUUGACUUAAAAAGCAAAGAUUUGCCAGCUCCCAGCAUGCAUUGCAGUAUGAAUAAAUAAUGAGGUUAGUGUUGUGGACUUUAUUUGUGUUGUUUGUUUUUAUCAUUUCUGUUAUUUAAUAAGUGUAUGGUGAUGUAAAGAGCUUAUAUUUGAUUUAAUGGUGUUAGUUGUGUGUCACAAUUAAUCAGGUUUGUGUUAAAAUCACAUUCAAGAAAUUGGAUGUCCAACUUUUGUUGUUCUUAAAAUUCUUUAAUUAGAAUAUAGAAAUUAAGAACUUUAGGUGCUGCAAUGCAGCCUGAUUAGCCUUGCUUGUCAUCAUAUUAAAGUUAUAUGAACAAAACCUGUUAAAUCCAGAACAUUUAGAAUGCACAGUUUUGUCAAUGGAUUAUUUAGUUGUCUUGACAAAACUUCUUAAAUUGAAAGAAAUUGCUAUUUUUUUAGUGCUGUCAGUCGAUUAAAAAUAUAAUCUCGAUUAAAUUGCAUAACUUUUCCCAUGUUAAUUGCGAUUAAUCGCAGAUUUUGAAAAUGCUGAAAUUUGACAUAAUUUAUACUUCUAAAAUAUUUCAAAAUAUUUCAGUUUUUUGGGGGGAAAGAAAACAAAUCAAUAUGUAACAAUAUAAUGCUUUAUUAACAUUUUCCAAACAAAGCCUUCCACAGUAUAAAGACAGAAAUCCACUAAAAUAUCACCAAUUCAAGUAACAUUAAAAGUUUGACUGAUUGAAAGAGCUAUCCAUAUAGGUUGCAUAUUCAUUGCAGUGGGCAUUAAAUCCCUUAAACUCUCAUCCUCCACAAUAUGAAUCUGCCGGUAGACUGUGGCUAUCUGCUUUGUUACAGUAAUCCUGAAGCCGCAUUCAUGAUUCGCAUCACAGUGUCAACACUUACGUUAGUUGUCGCUUUGAACUCCACAUGAAAAGCGCUUGAAGGAAAAAAAUCAUCUCAUUUGGCAUUUUGAUGAUAGUUAAGACUUGAUUUGCUUCUUUUGUAAUUAAAUCCACCUUACAUAGUCUGAAAAAUACUUGAUUUCUGUCACAUGUUCCAUCUGUGCUUGUUUUAUACAACAAAUAGCAUUUAGAGCUCCUUUCCCCAUCACUUUAUCACUGACACUGAAUCACUGCUGUGUUUGUUUGUGGCAUGUGCAUCAGUGUAAUGACUCCGGGUGGACACAUUAUAAAGCUUCCGCCCUUCCAACCAUUGUUUAUGCUGUAUUAACUGUUAACGCGUUAAUUGCGAUUAAGGAAAAUUAACACGUUGAACUUUUUUUGCGUGCAUUAACGUGUUAAUUCUGGCAGCUCUAUUUUGUGUUUAUGUAACUUGUCUGAAUCAGUGCAAAUAGACAACUAGCUUAAGUUAAGUUGAGUGAACUGUUGUUGUUGUUUUUUUUACAGUAUAGUAAAAUCAUGGUAAUAGUACAAGAAAACCAAAAUAUGGUUAUAAAAAUCAUUAACAUUCUGCCAAAAAACAUUGCUACUACAGUUUAACUAUAGUAACACCAUGAUUAAUUUGUGGUACAACUAUCAUUUUUAAAACCACGGUAUUCACCUAAAUAAAAUGCCCUUAUCAAAAUGAACCAGUUUCACUAUAGUUAACCUGCAGUAACCAUGACUGUAGUAAAACAAAUGUUUGGUAUAAGCCAUGGUUCAAGUAAAUUAUGGUUUAUUUUCGUAAAGGGAGGAUAAAGCUAUUGCAAACCGAAGAUAACUGUGAGGUAAUGCCAAACUAUUCCAGAAAAUAAAUUCUCCCAAAUGUUUUCCCCCAAAAUAAGCAUAAAAUGUGUAAAUAGUAUGCAGAUCCCAUGUAGGUCUAGUACUAUGCAACACACCAUGUUUCUCCUGAUUCAUGUGCUGUAGGACCAUCAGGUUUCAUUGCUCAGUUCAACACAUUUACUGUGAAAUGGAAAAAACAUUCAUUAAAUAAAUGGUAAUGGUGUUGCAGAAAACAAUAGACUGUACAAUAAUGCAUUGUCUUCUCUCGAACAUACACUCGAAUGUUUCAACAAAUGCAGGGAUUAUUUUGUACAGGUUUGUUAAUGUCUAAUACUAUAUAUAUAUAUAUAUAUAUAUAUAUAUAUGCUGUAUUUUAAAUGCGCUAUUAAAUUCUAUGCUUUACCAUCUAUUCCACAGGUUCUGAUAAAUAAUGGCAGCAAUGGCUGAUUGUGAUAACAUUUAAAAUAAUUGCUUUUUUUCAAGUCCAAAUAUUUUACUUUUAUUUAUUUUUUAGGAAUUAAGGCAAAGUUUACAAAGACACAUGAGAAAAGAGUUGUUGAAUGCAAUGUAGCCCAUUGUCAUAACUUAAAAUGUAGAGUUAUAAAAACUGCACUGAAUUGAUCUUGUUGAGAUUACUCAAUUAUCCAAGUUUUUGUUUGCUGCACUUGUGAGAUAUUAUUGAACUUAAAAAAAAAAAAAAAAACGAUUCAGCUGAAAUUAAAAAUAUAAGCCAAGAGAACUAUGUACAUCAUAUUUGGAUUCCCAGCAUGCACUUAGCAUUAAUAAAUUGUGCAAAUUGCAGUAUUACUUUUUUUUUUUACUUGUCAUGUAGGAAUAAUUCAAAGCUAAUUUUUUUUUUUACUCAAUGAUGUGUUUGAUUAUUGUCACAUCAUUGUGAUUUGCGUCAUUGUGUGAUCCAUGCGUGUCUCUUUGACAGGUUUCAAAAUGUUUGCGGGAUAAGACAGAUAAUGGUCUGAUCAUUAACUGGUCUUUUGUUGUCAAAUGGCUGUCAAUAACUGUAACUACUUUUAUGGGAAUCACAAAUAUUAA